GCAAGCGCAGCAACGCCAGCCAGCACUCGCAGACCUCCGGCGAGGAGACCGAGCCGGAGCACAGCAUGACCUUCAUCAGGAGGCCGCGCUCCGACUGCGGCCAGGAGGGCCAGAUCAAGGAAACUAUGAGCAUGGCGAGCCACCCCGACGACUCGGACUCGGAAGACGAGGACGGCGUCAUGGAGAAGCUGGCAGGGGCCAUCGGCUACCUCUUCUCAGGGGACAGCAGCGAGGGCGAGGCGAGCGAGUCGGACGAGUCCAGCAUCGCGGAGCCCUCCGGCGCCACGGAGGAGGCCUCCGAGAUGGAGACGCCCAGCGCGGGCGGCAGCACCGUCAUCGGCAACCAGGAGAGGGCUGUGUUCCUCACCAAGCACAGUGACUCUGUGGACUCGGGCCUGGAGGCCGAGCCGGUCGAGCGGCACUCCAACUACCUGCUGGUGCAGGCCAAGGACCACCUGGAGCUGACCGUCACCCCGGCGGCGCUGCGGGUGCUGGACCGGCUGCGUGCCUCCUUCAACGUGGACCCCGUCAACAACAACCUGGGCUCGCCCUACCCGCCGCUCAGCCUCAACAACAACCUGGGGCUCGGCAGCACGGCCGUGCUCACCACCAAAGCUGAGAAGGGCCCGGACGGCGCCGACAAGGUGCUGGCCAAGGCCCCCGACGAUGAGUCCGACUCCCUCCCCGGCAGCCCCCACGCGUCGCCGCACCACCACAAGUACCUGGACUACGACAUCAACCUGUACUCGGGUGACGGCGCCGAGGCCGACGUGUUCUACUGCGACGCGUCCCACCAGGACCAGGACCUGUUCUCCCCCGUCAUGAAAUUUCCGCCCGACACCAUCAGCGACCUCUACAAGAAGAUCACCGACCUUCGCCUCACCGUCAGUGUGGAAGGGCUCGACCCCAUCCAAGUGCUGUGCCCGCGACGGAGCUGCAGCAAGCUCCACGCGCUGCUGCCCGCGCGCAACAACAUCCGCUGUUGCAACUUCAGUGCCAGAGCCUGAUUUUCCUUUACCACUUGAUCAGAAUUCUGCAAGAAAGGCAGAACAAAUGUGUAAACAAUUAGACAUCUAAAAUAAGACUGAAAAAAAUACACCAUCCAUUACCAUUUUGAGAAGCA